AUAUGAUUACCAAUAUCUCAGUGACUUUUCUUCAUCAAUUUAUGUAUUGUAUGAGGGAGACGAUUAUUAAUUGAAGUUAAUUAAUAUAAUAUAGUUUAUAUUUCAAGAUGAGUCUUCGUGUAAUUUUAUACACUUGUUCUUUAAUUUCCUUUGUUUAUGGGGCUGGCGAAUUAUUAAUAUUAAAUAGUCCAGAUUCAUUACGAUGGAAAGGUAAUCCUUCAUUAGAUGAAAGUAUGUUAAAAGAAGUAUAUUCAGCGGCAAUGGGUUAUACCAUUGAAAAGAAUUCAAAUUGGAAUGGAAUGUACAUUCAAGAUCCAUUCAAUUAUCCCGAAGCAUUAGUGCAUGUUGCAAUUGAAGGUGUGACAAACUUGGGUAAAUAUUCACCUUUGGAUGUACCAAAAUAUCCAUUGAAUACUGAUGAAGAUGAGUUUUCAACAUGGCGAGCAAUGAAACAUCGUGUCAUUGAACGACACCCAGAAGAUAAUAACACUUUAGUGCGAGUAGAAUUGUCUGGAGGAUUACAAGAGUUAAACAAGUAUCGUGACAUUUUAAAUGACUUGAGUGUUGAAUUAAAUUAUCCAUCGUCUGAGGAACUACAAGUGGAUAUUGAAGAAAAUCGUAAAUUUUUCGAAGAAAUUGCUGUUAUGAAUGCUAUUUCUGAAAAAAUAAAGAUGAUGAAGGAUAAUCUACAAGAUGCUAAUCAAGAUAUCUAUUGGUUUGUAUUUACAAGCUUACACGCUGUAUCUGAUUUCCAUGGUCCUGAUUCACGAGCCACAGCUCAGGCUCGAGAAAUUUUAAUUGAUUCUCUACAAAAAUUAACUCAUAACAUGAAUCAAGCAUACAAUGGUCGUGUACUUGUUACGGCUGUGACAAGUGAUGCUUCACAUACUCGGCGUGCACGUGCUCUAUUAGCUGAAGACAAUGUAAAUGCUUCUGGUGCAUCUGCUACAACUGAAAGUUCAAAAUCAACUGUACCAACAGUGAACCUUAAUAAUCCACAAGAUGUAACAAAAUGGAAUUUAGCUGCUGACUACAAUGAAAAUUAUCCAGUAAUAUUUAAUAUCAUUUUAUGGUUUGGAGUAGCAUUUUUCUUUUCAUUAUUAGCUGUUUCCUAUGUUAUUGCUACAAUGGAUCCUGGACGUGAUUCAAUUAUUUACAGAAUGACUAGUAAUCGUAUGAAGAAAGACAAUUAAACAGAAACGAAUUACAAAGAAUGUUUUAGAAAUUACAUUAUUUUCUAAGCAUUCUUUCUAUAAAAUAGAAAUAAAAUUUCUAUCCGUUUUUGUUUUUUUGCUAAAUUUGAUCGUUAAUAUAUGUGUAGUUUCUAAAAGUGGAAAAUUUAUUGAGGCAUUUUAUGCAGUUUUAAGAUUUUUUUUUGAAGAAAUUUUAACUGAAGAAUUUUAGCCAAAUAAACUGAAACCGUGAUAUGUUGCAAUUUAUACCUUCUCUCAAAUGAUUACGAGGCUUUGAAAUUUACAUUUUAAAUUUCGUGACCACUCAGACCUUUUCUCUAAGCAAUAAUCAUAAACUAUUGCGAAGUUAAUUUGACUGAAAUGAAAUGUGCAGAACCCUGUUUUAAUUAUUUACAAACCUUUAUUAAAAAAAGGAUUAAUUAUACAAAAUUUAUACCAAUUUCAGUGUGAAUUGCACUGGAUAAAAUAUGCAAAUCAUUCUUAAAUUCACCUCAAAAUUUAACAGCUGAGCAUGUGAAAUUUUUUGUAGUUACUUUUUAUUAAGGUUCGUUUGGGUAACAUCGCCUCAAGUAAAAAUACAGUUAACUUUAACGAACGGGGAUGCUUUUAUUUAUUUUCAAUUAUGGAAUCAUUUGGAAUAUUCUUCGGAUAAAUAUCAUAAAAUAUUUUCCAUGCCACUAUUCAACUUCGUCUCCACUUAGAAAACUACCUAAUACUUAUUAAAACAUAAAAACCCUUUAUAAAAUUACUAUAAUUUCAUAAUCGCGAAAUCCAUUCGAAUUCAUAAUCAUACGUUGCUUAUAAGGGUGAUCAGAGGUGUCUUUUAAAUGUCCCCAGUUUCAAUUUGAACCACAGCUGUACGCAAUAAUACCAAGUUUAAAAAUAUUUCAAAAAAAGGAUACUCUUGUUGAAUUUCGAAUUUCAGUAUCAAUUUUCAAAAUUCUACCUUGUAUAUCAAAAAAGACAAAAUCCACAACACAAAAAUUUGAAAAUAGGG